CACAUGUGUGUUUGUUUUUCUCUCUCUAUAUAUACACACACAUGAUAUGUAUACAUAUAGAGAGAGAAAGAGAAACACAUACAUGAGAACCUUCUAGUGAGAGAAAGAGGAGAUAGAGAGAGUGGGAGGAGCACUGGUAUAAAUUAAGUGCUCGUCCGACGUCGAAAGCACAAGAAUUUGUGAGUGUCUUUUUCACUUUAUCAUUACUCUCAUGUGCUUCUACUUGAUUCUGCUAAUGGGGAUGGCCAUACAGUAAAGGGGUGCACGGGUAUUCACAGGGCAACCAAACCAUGAUAGGGUGACAUCUCCUUACAUUACACCCUCAUCAAUGGCCCCAGGUGGAUUGCCUUACUUUGACCCUGAGUAUGAGAGCUUAAGCAUCCGAAUAAACCCUCCAAGGGUUUCUGUAGAUAACCAUAGUUGUGGUGAAUGUACUUUAGUCAAGGUUGACAGUGUAAACAAACCAGGAAUACUACUGGAAGUGGUCCAAAUCUUAGCAGACUUGGAUCUCAUUAUUACUAAAGCUUACAUCUCUUCUGAUGGUGGAUGGUUCAUGGAUGUGUUUCAUGUCACUGACCAACAAGGAAACAAAAUAACAGACAAAAUGACGAUUGAUUACAUAGAAAAGGCUCUUGGUCCAAAAGGGCACACAUCAGAUGAAAGCAAGACAUGGCCCGCAAAGAGAGUCGGGGUCCACUCAAUGGGAGACUACACAGCCAUUGAGCUUGUCGGUAGGGACCGCCCGGGUCUGUUAUCCGAAAUCUCAGCCGUAAUUGCAAACCUUAAAUUUAAUGUAGCAGCUGCUGAGCUCAAGAACAUACUUCGUGUCUGUGGAGAUGAUGAUAAAGUGGCUCAUACUAAUUUCUCAAUGGGUUUGACUCAUAUUGACCGAAGGUUACACCAGAUGUUGUUUGCUGAAAUGGAUUAUGAAGGGAAAGGGUUGAGAGAUGAGGCUGAUUGUGCUGCGUUUUUGGAGUUGAAGAUUUCGGUUGAUCGGUGUCUGGAGAAGGGAUACUCCGUGGUGACUGUGCGCUGUAGGGAUCGGCCUAAACUUAUGUUUGAUAUCGUCUGUACCCUUACAGACAUGAAAUAUGUUGUCUUUCAUGCCACAAUCUCAUCAGAUACCCCCUAUGCAACACAGGAGUACUAUAUUCGUCAUGCGGAUGGCACCCCUGUCAACACUGAAGGAGAGGAGGAAAGGGUUGUUAGGUGUAUCAAGGCUGCAAUUCUGCGUAGAGUAAGCGAGGGUCUUAGCCUAGAGCUGUGUGGAAAAGACCGCAUAGGAUUGCUUUCGGAAGUGACACGUGUCCUUCGGGAAAACGGGCUUUCAGUGUCAAGAGCGGGUGUGACAACUGUUGGGGAGCAAGCAGUGAACAUAUUUUAUGUAAGAGAUGCUUCUGGUUCAGGGAAUCCAGUAGACAUGAAAACCAUUGAAAGGGUACGUUUACUUUCUCGUCUCCGUGUUCUGCGCUUCUUCACAUUCUCCGUAGUUAGAAACAAGGCGUUUUAUCUAAGGGUGUCGUUUGGGGUUAUUACUGAGUGGAAGGACAUUCCGAUGGAACUUUUGAUGAGGAUUGUAUCUCUGUUGGAUGAUCGGACGGUCAUAGUUGCUUCUGGUGUCUGUAGUGGAUGGAGGGAUGCUAUUUGUUGGGGACUUACUCAAUUUUCACUCUCAUGGUGCAAAAACAACAUGAACAACAUGGUGCUUUCUCUUGCUCCCAAAUUCACAAAAUUAAGGGUUUUGACCCUUCGGCAAAGUAAACCACAGCUUGAUGAUCAUGCAGUUGAGACAAUUGCUGCAAACUGCCAUGAGUUGGAGGAUCUUGACCUGAGCAAGAGCUUUAAACUAAGUGAUUGGUCACUUUAUGCCUUGGCUCGUGGUUGUCCAGAUCUUAUUAAGCUCAAUAUCAGUGGCUGCUCUGCUUUUAGUGAUGCAGGUCUUGUGUAUCUCAGUGGCUACUGCAGGAAAUUGAAGAUUUUGAACCUUUGUGGAUGUGUAAAAGCUGCAUCCGACAAUGCCCUCAAGGCUAUAGGGUACAAGUGUCAACAACUUCAGUCGAUAAAUCUUGGUUGGUGCGAAGGAGUUAGUGAUGUUGGAGUAAUGAGUUUAGCUUACGGGUGUCCGGAUCUUCGUGCCAUUGAUUUGUGUGGGUGUGUUCUUAUAACAGAUGAGAGUGUGAUAGCUUUAGCAAACAACUGCUUACACCUUCGGUCUUUGGGGCUAUACUACUGUCAGAACAUAACAGACAGAGCAAUUUACGCUUUAGCCCACAGCCGAGUGAAAAACAAACAUGAAGUAUGGGAGUCGGUGAAAAGCAGGUAUUAUGAAAAAAAGGAAGAAAAAGAAGAAGAAGAAGAAGGGCUGAUAAAUCUGAACAUCAGCCAAUGCACCGCCCUAACACCGCCAGCUGUGCAAGCCCUAUGUGACUCCUUCCCUGCACUACACACGUGUGCGGGCAGGCAUUCUCUCAUAAUAAGCGGUUGUCUGAACCUCACCUCCGUCCACUGUGCUUGUGCCUUUCAAUCACACCGUGCCCUUGCAUCACUGUCUCAUUGACCCGACCCGAACCAACCGUUUGUUGUCAUUUGAUGUGAUGUGAUGUGAUGUGUGGUGUUGGUAUGUUAUGUUAUGUUGGGACUUUUCUUAUAUUCUGGAGAAUUUUAUUCGCAGC